CUGGAAUCUUACUGUUCGGCAGGUGAAUCACAUUGCCUAUUCCUACUCUCUUCGAAUGAGCUAACUGGAGAACGUAUUCCAGGCAUGCUGUUUCAUGCAGUACGCCUGAGAGGAUGGCUAUUUAGUUCGAUAUCAAAUUAUGUAUGUAUCCUAGAGUUGUCGCUGUACUCACCCUCAAUCUUCGCAUCUAUUACAGUGACUAUACUCUAUGACACGCAUACCCAACUACACCAACGAUUCCGCUCCAACAACAUUUGCUCAUCCACAGAACUUCAUCGUCUUCGGUGAAAUGGGUGUAGGGAAGAGCUCGCUGAUAAACCUCAUUGCUGGUGAACAAGUCGCCAAGUCCUCUUCCGGCGUACAAUCCUGCAAUCUCGAAUCAACCGAGUAUCCAAUCAGGUUAUCUGACCCCCAGCUUAAUGUCAAUCUAUUCGAUACAGUGGGCUUGGACAGCCCUACAAUGGAUAGCGCGAGCUAUCUAAAUGCCCUUGUGAAGGCACACGAGCUCAUCGUUUCACUCAAGAACCAAGGCGGGGUCCAUGGCUUAAUCUUUUGCAUCAAGGGUGGCAGAGUGUCACGCACUAUGCAACAGAACUACAGGCUAUUCUACGAGUUCUUGUGCCAAAAAAAGGUGCCCCUUGCUCUGGUCGUUACCAACCUUGAGACCGAAGUGAACAUGGAUGACUGGUGGACACGUAACAAGGUCCAUGUCGAAAAGUCGGGCGUUGUCCCUGCUACGCAUGUUUGCAUCACCGCCAUUAAGGGCCAUCAAAACGCACACGAAAACAAAUACUUCGAAUCCAGGAGGAAAGUGCACAAUAUGCUUAGGGUACUCGGAAGAGCUGAGCCAUACUCGAUCGACACGAGUAGCUGGUUUGGGCGGAUGUGCAGGUUGCUGCCGGAGCUUUUGCUCACAGCCAAGACCUUGGGGAGGAGUCGUCAGAAGAUGCUACAGAUGCUCACGAAGCGUUGCGAGCUGCGCAAGGAGGAUGCAGUGCAGCUUCUUCAAAGAAUUGACUCUAGUCAAGACAAAUAUUAGUAACUUAUUGCACGUCGUAUGCUAUUGAAUACCCAUCGGAUUAAGUACUUACAUACCCCUGGUUAUCUUGUACAUGUUGUAACGUCUACAUAGUAUAUCAAUCCUUCCUAAUGCUGAUCACUACACUUGCAAACGUGCGAAAGAAUUCUGAAAUAUCAUUCCGACCAUUAGAAAAUUGCGCGCGUUCGCACCAAUAUCUCCCUCCUACAUUUAAGUCUCUGUAAGCUAACUCUCAGUGUAACCAUAGCCCGAUUUCUGUUCGUCUAGCUGUAUAUAGGCUCAGCGGCGACGGUC